UGGCGGCAUCUGUGACGACUCGUUUGAAUUGAAACGGAGAGAAAUAAUUCAUAUGGUGUUUGUAUAAGUUAUAUUUGUGAUUGAUAACCUAUAUUAUAUGAUCGAAUAUAUUUAUUACAAUUAUUUUUCUACGUAGUAUAAGUUUGUUUUGCUCAAUUUUGUGAAUGAUAUAUUACACUUCGGAAUUACGAUAAGAAUAUGUGUUUUUUGGAAUAUGUUUAUAAAUUAUAGUUAUUAAUAAUAUAAGUAUAUGGUAUCUGCAUAGUGAAAAUGACAGAAAACACAGAAUCUGUGAUAUAUCUUGUCCUUGUAGCAUUUUUAUGGGGUGUAACUAAUCCAUUAAUAAAGAAAGGUGCAAGUGGUUUAGAAAAUAUAAAAGCAAAAACAAGCUGUGGUCAAUUUUUUAAGGAACUUUAUUUUCUUUUUACCAAUGCAAAGUACAUGACACCAUUCUUGUUCAAUCAAAUUGGAUCUUUGCUGUAUUACUUGGCCUUGCAAGGUGCAGAUAUAUCUUUGGCAGUUCCAGUUUCUAAUUCUCUUACCUUCGUGAUUACCGCUGUGACAGGUUGGAUCUUAGGAGAGAAGAGAGCGGAGAGAAAUCAUCCUGCAUAGCCGAGAUUCACGUGCAUGCAAUCAUCUCUAUGCAACUAUCCAAGAUAGCUUUAGGACUAACCUCAAGCUACGAUCGUGUUCCAAAGAAACGAAGGGAGGAAGGGAGGAAGGUAGGAAGGAAGGAAGCAAGGAAGGAAGGAAGGAAGGAAGGAAGGAAGGAAGGAUCGAAAUAUCGGUGUGCCCGUUCUCUCCCUCUUGGGAUGCUCGAGAAAGCUAAGCAGCCCUUCGAUCGGCACUUAAUCUCGCGAUUAAAUUAAACCACAGAGCGCGGAGUUAGAUAAGCAUUUAAUCAAACCGGUAAUUGGAGGUUGUAUUGGUCUAAUGGCCUCUGCUUCAUACGGGCCCGUAGCUAACAAGGGAAGGAUCGGAUAUGGAAACGUUUUCCUUGCUGUUCUCCUUAUACCAAAACGUGUUGUUACCUUACUAUUGUUAACAAGAUUUAAGUAUAAAGAUCAUAUUCAAAGUUUUGCAAAUAAAUAUAUCUACUCGAAGGAACGUCGAUAUUAUUUAAAAGAAUAAUUAAGAAAAGUAGUUUGAAUAAAUUUAAGAUCAACUUAUGAAAGUAGAACGAAUAAAUCAAAUUUGAGUAUAGACAUAUUAAUUCUUUUUUAAUUUUCAAUAUACUCGAAAGAACGUAGACAUUUUAAAUAAAUAAAUUUCACAAGCUUCGAAGAUCAAUAUGAAAGUAAUGCGAAUACAUAAAAUUGUAUGUAAAUGUUGAAUAGAAAAGGAUGAUCGAUCGAUAACGAAGAUUACAAAAUCGUAAUGUUUCAGAGGAAUUUUUUAUUUAUUUAUUUAUUUUUUUUUAGAAUUAAUAAGACAUUUUUAAGUUUAAGCUUCGGUGUAUCCAACGAAUGAAUAAAUUUGCUCCUUUAUUUUUUAUUAUAUCUCGUACACGGUAGGAUCGCCCACUCAUGAGCAGACUACGCCGGAUUCGGAUAAGGACUCGCAACGGACUUGUUUGUCGAACCUUGAAGAACCGCCUCGUCGCGAAGAGUUGACGUCAUGUCCGGAAAUAUUCAACGAAGACUCGUUCUCGACGAUUCCCUUAAACAGGUGCUACCACCUACGACGUUGCCUAAUUCUAAUUUUUCUAACUCUCUAUUCUAAUUUAAACGAGCGAUCCUAUAUUAUGACGUGUGAAAUAACUUCUCGAGAAAAAAAAAAUAUUGCAAUUA